AGUUAUUUUCCCAAGAAAUUUUUCUGGCCAAAAGAUAAAAGAAUUUUUCGUUCUUCAUUGCAUUUCCUCUCUACAAACUCAUAAAGAAAAACAGAGUCGUGUGACUUCUCUCCGAUCAUUGCGUUCGUCGGAUUCUGGUGUUUCAAGUACCGGUACAGCCAGAAAAGGUACGUCCGUUCUAUCCUGGGAGGAAUAGUUCCAAUAACCUUGGGUACCGUAGAGGGGAACUAAAUUCCUUAAGGAGAAAUAGUGAAUUCUAUUGGCUCGGGCGUUGUUUGUGCAUGUGUCGAUUUCUAUAUAUGACUUGUGUGGCAAGAAACAUACUUUUGUGAAACGUUUUCCAUAACAAUCUUAAGGAAUUUAUAAUAAUUAUUCUUGUAUACUAUUUAUGCCGGCGUAACCGAAUGGUCUAGCGCAAUUAAAUUGCAUGAUCAUGUUUAUACAUGGAUUUGGAUGUAUUGUAAUUGGUUUGGGGAAAUGCAUGCUGUUGAGAUUUGAUUCUUUAAUCAAGUUUGCAUAAAAUACUUUCUGUGUGUUGGCAUGGCGAUUAUGCAUGUAUCGUGUUGUUCCAAAAAUUGCAUUACACAUUGCAUGAAUUGGUGUAGAAAGAAAGGAACCCAAUAAGCACCAGAAAAAGGAAUUCUAAUUCUUCUAAUUCAUAAUGUAUUCAUGUAUACAUGUAUGUUCCCCUGUGUGAAUGUUUUUAAGGAAGAUAUGAUCAUGUUUUAUACGUUUUAAGAAUCUCUAUCAUGUAUGUAUGUUUCACUGUAUAUAUAUGUGGAUACUUGUGUAUAAAUAUAUAUAUCUUGCCGCUUGCAUUUGGAAUGCAACUGUAUGCAUUUUUUUGUGUGGAUGUAUAUCCAUUGUUUCAAAGAGGAGGUUGCUCGCAUGAUUCGAUGUUUUGGUUGGAACAAAAUUGAGCGGAUGUAACCGCUUGUCUCCUCCAAUCAAAAGAAAAGAAAAGGGAUUAUUGAUCUCUAAUUCACUGUUCAUUGCAAGAAACCCCUUGGUUUCUGAUUUGAUCAGUGUGUUCAUUCUGUUAGAAAAGAAAAUGGUUGGUAGCACCCCCGGAGUAUGGAGUCCAACUCACGAGGAUGAUGACGAUGAUGUCAUAGAGGACAUCAAUAUUGAAUCAGCUCCAGAGAUUAUUGAGCUCUCUACUCCCGAAAUGGAGUUUGACAAUGAAGAGUGGUUCGAUUUUUAUGACGAUAGCGGGGAUUUGCUAUAUAAUGACAUUGGUGGAGAGCAUCCAACCAAUUAUUGGACUCUAGAUGGAAUACCCAUCUAUGAUUGGUACUCAAUGGGUCCUAAUGGGGACGAUUUGGGCACCCAUGUGGACUCAAUGGAGAGUAUGGGGGAAGAAGAGGAAGUUGAGGAAUUGGAGAACGAGGAGGAGUACUCCGACAUAGCGACCAAUGAAUGCCUCUCUGAUCUUGACUUCGACCCCAAGAAUCCUUAGGAUUCUUCUAUAUGUAUUGUAAUCUCCUUUGAGGAGUAGACAUAUGUAUGUGUGUAUAUAUACAUACGGUAUUAGUAGGUGUGUACCUAUGUAAUUCGUGUAUUUACAUGAUGAAUGAAGGACAAAUGUUCUU